UUUUAACACAGCACACUGAAGUGUUGUCAUGUGCUGCCUCAUGUCCUCCAGCAACUUUCGCUUUCGUUAUCUUUGACUCAGAACCAGUCGAUCAGGUUGAAUCGUGCAGUACAGAGCUCGACAGCUCACACUUUACACAGCUCACGCUUUCAGUUUUCUUUCAGUUGCUGUUUGGAGCUUUUCUCGCAGUCAUGGCACAGGGACACACGGAUGAUUCAAUGGAAGGAAUUGAGGAAUCUGGAAAUCUGCUGUCCAGCAAUUUGCCAAGCAGUGAUGAUCAUGAUAUGGAUAUAGAGCAGGGUUCUAAUGAUCAGCAGGCCCAACCUUCAUCAAACAGCGCUGAUCAUCAGGCGAUUCAACUUCUGCAUGCUCAGGACAUAUAUACAGCAGGCACUGGAGAUCAAAGCUUUAGCACACUUUCGAAUGUCAUGACGCAUCAAAACACCACAAUGGCUCGAGCACAGCCAGAGGUCCUAACUGUUCAGAUGAUGCAAAGUGGUCAGUUUUCUAAUGUCCAGGGUGCAAUCACUGAUCAACCUUCCAGCAUCAAUGGACACGGCUUUCUCAUGACGGGACAUAAUAAUAAGGACUUUGGUGCAGCAGGUGCUGGAAGUCAAGACUUUAGACAUCUGGAUCACACGAAUCAUCAAAACAACACAACGGGUCCAACAAACAAAUCAGACUCGGAGCCACAGAAGAUCUCACCUGCUCAGAUAAAGCAAUCUGAUCAUCGGGACAUUUGUAGUAAUGGUGAUGAAAGCAAAACCCAAUCACAACCCCCAGCACCAGCACCAGAGGAUAUUGCUAUAUUUAAAAUCAAAGUGAUCAGCCCAGCACUAUUUUCAGAGAAGUGGAGAGGAAAAUUAGAGAUAGCUCUUCAAAGCUGGUUUGCCAAACAGGAAAAUCACGGAGGAAAGCAAAUAUCUGUCCUCAGUCUUAAACUCAUGGAUGGUGGAACCUGUGCAGAGGUGGAGAUAACACCAUCAACAGGUCUAGAAACUUUUAAAAAACACAGGACUGUAUCUUUGAAUUGUAAACAUGAUAAUAAGGAAAUGACUGCACAGAUUUGUCUGGAUGAAACACAUUCUGAGACUGUAUCACAAAACACGUCUGUCAAGAAGAGAAUUUCAUCAUCAAAGGUAAACAGCACUCAACGUGCGACUUCAGAUGACACCAAUAGUGGUGCAGAGGCUGCUGCGUCUAAUAGAGAUCUAAGUGAGACUAAGACUGCUGAAAAAAACCAUGCAACCUCAGAUGGACUCCCUGUUCCCCUCCAUCAGUUCUGGUACAUGCUUCAUGCUUACAGAAAGGAGCUGGAGCUAAUUGAGAAACGACAUGGAGUCUCUAUGGGUUCAGAAGCAUCAGUCUCAUUCAGACCCACCCAGACAGCAAGCCCUGAUUCUGUCUCCAGAGCGUCUGAGGACUUUCAGAAACUUCUCACUGAAUGUGUGGAUAGUUUUAGUGUAGCUACCAUUAAUCAUAAUGACAUGGAUUCAGAUAUUGUGAAGGAGGCCCUUCGUAACAUCCAGUCAGAGAAGACAAAGAUGAUGUUGACCAUGUCUGCCAGUGACUGCCGGUUCUUUGGACCGAAGAAAUUUACAGACAUCAUUAAAAGAGAGACAACAGGAGCAGAAAACCAAUUUAAAGACAAAUGGAAUGAAAUGGAUUUAGAUAACAACAUUUCUCCACAAAGCAGAUCUUCACUGCACAUGGACACAAAAGACCUUCAGACUCAACUUGAGAUGGACAAGGCUCAUUGGGAUCUGAUGAAACUUUCCUAUGAGGAACAAAUAUCACAGCUUCAAACAAAGUAUGGAGUGCUAUUUCAUGAAGAAAAACUGCAGAAAAAUAUAAUUAAGGUUCAGGCUCGAUCCAAAGGAGAUCAGCAUAUUAAUCUUGAAGGUCAUGCUCUCAGAGCUUUAACACAUCUGUACCAGAAACUAGCCUCAGCCGCUGUCAGCUGUGAACUCACAAACCCUAAACAUGAAACUGAUGUGGCUCCACUAGUGCAGAAACUUCAGCAGCAGCAUUACUGUGUUGUUGCAGCAGAUGCAUUCAGUCCCUGGAAGCUCGUUGGACUGCCAGAACAUCUCAGCCCUGCUAUUGCUGAUAUUGAGAAGAAACUUAAGAAGAAUGUGUUUGAUGACAAGAUGAAGAAAUUUAUUGGAUAUUUGGAUGACAUCCCUCAAGCAAGAGGAUUCAGAUGGAAUCAGACGCCUGAUUAUGGUCCAGGAGCAGUGGGUGGAGCAGGACGGGAUGAGGGAGUGAACUUUAGAGGGAGAAGCGAAACAGAUACUGGUUUCAAUGAACAAUCAAAAAAUGAUUCUAAACAUGACAGUAAAGGUGCUCAUGCUGAAGAGGAGACGUGCGCUAUUUGUAUGGACAACUUCACUGACAAGAUAAAACUGAAAUGUGGGCAUGAAUUCUGUCAGGAAUGUAUAAGAAGGUCAGUGGAGAGUCUGGGAUCCAUCUGUCCUGUGUGUAAGGAAGUGUUUGGGAAAUUGGAGGGAAACCAACCGGAUGGAAAUAUGUAUGUAACAAAGAGCACAUUGAGUCUCUCUGGAUAUCCACACUGUGGCACUAUUGAAAUCACCUAUGACAUACCCAGUGGUAUUCAAACGAAGAAGCAUCCAAACCCGGGAAAGCCUUUUCAGGGGGCAAAACGUCAUGCAUACUUGCCAGACAACAAUGAAGGAAAUGAAGUGCUCGGACUGCUGCACAGGGCUUUUCAUCAGAAACUGAUCUUUACUGUCGGGAAAUCUACAACUUCUGGUUUAGAUAAUGUUGUCACCUGGAAUGACGUUCAUCAUAAGACCAACACACACGGUGGGCCUGAAAGUUAUGGGUAUCCAGACCCUGACUACCUGAAGAGGGUGAAGGAUGAGUUAAAAGCCAAAGGCAUUGAAUGAGGUUUUGAUUUGUAUGUUCUCAAAUGCACAUCUAAGACUAUUAUUUGCCAAUUAACCAUUUAUAGAGUAUUAGAUUUAUAUAUAUAUAUAUAUAUAUAUAUAUAUAUAUAUUGAGCUUUUGUUCUGUGUAAAACUCUGCAAAUCUGCAAAUGUUAAAUCUCAAAAUGAAGAUUAAAAAAAUAAAUAAAUGCAUACGUUAGGAAAAGAGUACAAAAUGUUUGCACAUACCUGUUCUUACUGUUUGAUCAGUUACCCACAAGUGGAGACUACAUCACCUAGAUACUGAUGAGAAAAGGUUGUCCCAAAACUCUUCGCUUUAAAGGAGCUACAGAAGUCAGUGGCUGAGAAUGAAAUUUCAGUGGGUCUAAAUACUUUUUGCCAGGCACUGUUUAUAUAGGUAUUAUUUUAAUUAAGGCGAUGGACUUUCAUGAUGUUUAAUUGUAAUGAAAUGUUUUAGCCUGGAGUUGUCUUGUGAUUUAUAAUUUUUUUUCAUGCUUUUACAAUGCAAAUAUGAAGCAAGUAGGCCCUAUACAAAGUAUCCUCACAAUACUUAUUUUAAUAUGGGACUAUGGAAAAACUUAUUCAUGUGAUUCUAAUUAGAUUGUAAUAUUAAAGUUUAACAUUUAACAUUUUCGUUGUGAUAAUAAUGUGUAACCACAAUUUAUCAGAGAAAUCAACCUACCAACGGUUAACUUAAAGAGAUCUGUGCAUAUAAAGCUGAAUGCAGAGCAUACAAAACAUGGCACACUUCAUCAAAUCUUUCACAAGCUGCCUCUAAAAAAUACUUCCCAUCAUGUUGAUUUUACCUUUAAAAUGUAUGCUUUUUUCUCAGUGCACCCCUUCAUAUUUUAUAUCUCGUUUUCAGAAAGCAAAGGAUUACUUCAUCUCAGAUCAAAUUUGAAUGAUUAAUCUUGUUUUUUGUUACAAAUGACAAACUUUUUUGGACAAAAUGUACUGAAGUUCUAACUUUGGGAAAGAUUUUUUUCCUUGUCAAGAAGUUGUCAUAAAUAAAACAAAUCAGCCUUAAAAUA